AUUACUCUCAGUUUCACACACUUACAUAGUUGAGACUCAACUUUUUUUUUUCUUUCUAAAGACGUAAAAAUUAAGGGAGAGUGAGUGAGAAAAAGACCACUAUUUCUUAAUUUCUCCUCUCUUUUUUUUCCCCAACCCACAAAUCAAGAAAAUCAAGAUUACCUUAUGAAAAACCAAAGCUUUUGUAUUCUAAAGAAAGUACGAUUGGAAGGCUAAAACUUAAAGAAAUCGACGAGAAGGCAUCGCCAAAAUUGAAGCUUGCGGCAUAAUAAUACAACAAAAGUCCUCUCAUUCUUCUAAGAGCUCGUUCUUGAUUCUAUGGGGAUUGUAUCGUAAGUAGUGUAGCCAUCCUUUGUACUAUGGAUUGUGAGUCACAAUUAAAUAUAAAAAAAUGGCCGGAUUCUUUUCACUAGAAAGAGGAGGAGGAGGAGAAGAAACAAGCAACCAAGAAUAUCAUCAUCAUCAAGAAACCACUAGUACUCACAAUUGGUUCUUGUACAAAAAUCAUGAUCAUGAAUUAUCAACAUACAAAGGUUUCGAACUAUGGCAACAACAACAACAACAACAAUCUCAUAACGACGAUGAGCAAAAUUACCAAAUUCUUCGAAACCCGAUUAUUAAUCCAUUUGGAUUAGAUAUUGGGCCUAGUCAUGAUCAUAAUCAUGGGCCUAAUAUGAUGAUGAGAAGUAGUACUAUUACAAUAAGUUGCCAAGAUUGUGGGAACCAAGCUAAGAAAGAUUGUCAACAUAUGAGAUGUAGGACUUGUUGUAAGAGUAGAGGUUUUCAAUGUCAAACACAUGUGAAAAGUACUUGGGUUCCAGCAGCUAAAAGAAGAGAAAGACAACAACAACUUGCUUCUUUGCAACAACAAGAAGAAGAUAAUAACAAGCCCAAAAGACAAAAAGAUGAUCCAAUUAAUACUGGGUUAGAAGUUGCAACCAAUUUUCCAUUAAAAGUAAAUUCAACAGCUGUGUUUCAACGUGUUAGAAUGAGCUCAAUUGAAGAAAAUGAAGAUCAAAUAGCAUAUCAAGCUGUUGUUAAUAUUAAUGGACAUAUAUUCAAAGGAAUUUUAUAUGAUCAAGGUGAUAAUAAUCAUGAGUACAAUUAUAUGAAUGGUGGUGACAGCUCAUCGGGUGGCGAUCCCGGGCCACGACAGCAUAAUCUUAAUAUUAUUGGCACCACCGCCACAUCAGCCGCGGCUGCAUAUGGUGGUGGUGGUGAUUCCGUGGCGGCCACGGAAGGGUUACAAUUUCUAGAAACUUCUCUAUACUCUAGUGCUCCCCUAAUUAACACUUUUGUGGUUGGUACGCAAUUUUUUCCAACUCCAAGAUCUUGAGAUUAAUUAAUUACUAGUAAUAUUUUCGACAAAAAAAUAUUUGACAUUUGACAAAUUUUGUUUUUGUAAUGAGACCUUGUUAAUUAGAUUUAAUUAGUUACUCUUAAUUACUUG